GGUGACUCUGGCGAGGGGAGGAGCUGCGGCAGCGCUCCCUGCUAGCAAACCAUGCCGAAGCUGCAAGCGGUCGGCGCGCUCAUCUCGCCUGUGGCUGGUUCCCUCGCCCGGAUCUCUUUCUCCCAGAUAAGGAACUGUUCAGCUGCUUCAGCAUCUUCAGCCCAGCCAGUGAUCGGAGCCAAGCAUCCCUUUCAGGUGGACUUGGAAGCAGGAAAACGUUAUUCUUGGUGCUCCUGCGGGCACAGCCAAAAGCAGCCUUUCUGUGACGGAUCCCAUAAAAAAUAUGCCCCAAAACUCUCUCCUCUGAGAUUCCAACUGGAGGAAGCGAAAGAGGCAUGGCUGUGUGGCUGCAAAUACACCAAGAACCCUCCAUACUGUGAUGGCACCCAUAAGGAAGAGUUUGUGCAAAAAGCCAAUCUCCAUUCGCAGCCACUGCUGUGAUGGGACAGGAGGAGGCACCUCUGUCAGACUGAAGGAAGACAGAAAUCUGCACUGGGCGGCUGUUUCGCAUAAGCCUGUGCAUUGUCUUGGCAAAGACUGUGAAUGCUGUAUGACUUGAACAAACAUGGGCCACCAACGUGUGGAAGGCUGGAGCGGGUGGGUGGAAUAUUUGUUUGUUCCUAAGAGUCUGCUUCCUCACACCCGCUUGAAAUAAUUAAACAAACACCUGUGCCUCCCCUGUU